AAAGAUCUCUCGUGCCGUAUUUUCGGAUCGAGUGCCAGAACUUCGCCUCUCUUCCCCCGUCGAGUCUUUUGAGUCCUCCGCCCGAGAUAGGCGCAACCCCGCCAAGAUGUCGUUAACAAAUUGCCGUUUCUACGAGGACAAGUAUCCGGAGGUGGAUAGCUAUGUCAUGGUCAACGUGAAGCAGAUCGCCGAGAUGGGUGCAUACGUGAAACUGCUCGAAUACGACAACAUCGACGGCAUGAUUUUGCUCUCGGAACUGUCGCGGAGACGUAUUCGUAGUAUCCAGAAGCUGAUCCGUAUUGGCCGGAACGAGGUUGUCAUCGUUCUGCGUGUCGACAAGGAAAAGGGUUACAUUGAUCUUUCCAAGCGUCGUGUGUCCCCCGAAGAUGUCAUCAAGUGUGAGGAGAGAUACAACAAGAGCAAGGCAGUCCACUCCAUCAUGCGCCACGUUGCCGAGGCUACCCAGACCCCUCUGGAGACUCUAUACCAGCAGAUCGGAUGGCCCCUGAACCGGAAAUACGGUCAUGCCCACGAUGCCUUCAAGAUCUCGAUCACCAACCCUGAUGUGUGGGCCGAAAUCGAGUUCCCCAACCAAGCCGUCAAGGGCGAGCUGUUACAAUACAUCAGCAAGAAGCUUACCCCUGCCCCCACCAAGGUCCGUGCCGAUAUUGAGGUCACUUGCUUCGGGUACGAAGGAAUCGACGCCGUCAAGGAGGCCCUUCGCACCGCCGAGGCGAACAACACCGCCGACAGCCAGAUCAAGGUCAAACUGGUCGCCCCUCCCCUGUACGUUCUGACCAGCCAGUGCCUCGACAAGACCGUUGGUAUCCAGAUGCUCGAGGAAGCGAUUCAGCGGGUUGAAGCCAAGAUCAAAGAGAGUGGCGGUGCUUGCUCUGUCAAGAUGGCACCCAAGGCUGUCACCGAGCAUGAUGACGCCGCCCUCCAGGAGCUUAUGGAGAAGCGUGAGCGCGAGAACAUGGAGGUUAGUGGAGACGAGAGCCAGUCGGAGAGCGACGAGGGCGUUCCUGAGUAAACUGCAUUCAACAACCUUCACGGCUGCCUCGGAGUCGGUCCGCAAAGAGACGCCAGGGUAAAGAAAAAAAAAUCUUCCUCGCCUAGCUGCCUUGGGUGCGCCUGGUGGGUUCUAGGGGAAG